GACGAACCGUCUGACGGUGCAGUACAAGGGUAGAGGUGACCCCGCAGUUCCGUCUACUCCGACUCUGAGCAGGGAGAACAGGCAGCACCGACCCGAAAAGCACCAACCUCUGGAUAAUAAUGGCUGAAGCAAUCCGUGUAGUGGUGACCGGCGCCGCUGGCCAGAUCGCCUACUCCCUGCUGUACAGCAUCGCUAAGGGAGAUGUGUUCGGAAAGGACCAGCCAAUCAUCUUGGUCCUGCUGGACAUCCCCCCCAUGCUGCCGGUGCUGGACGGAGUCGUCAUGGAGCUGCAGGACUGUGCCCUUCCACUGCUGAGGGAGGUCAUCCCCACUGACAAAGUCGAGGUUGGCUUUAAGGACAUCGAUGCCGCCAUCUUGGUUGGCUCUAUGCCCAGGAAGGAAGGCAUGGAGAGGAAGGACCUGCUGAAGGCCAACGUGGCCAUCUUCAAGACUCAGGGAGCCGCUCUGGACAAGUUCGCCAAGAAGACCGUCAAGGUUGUGGUUGUUGGAAACCCAGCAAACACCAACUGUCUGAUCGCCUCCAAAUCUGCUCCCUCCAUCCCCAAAGAGAACUUCUCCUGCCUGACCCGUCUGGACCACAACCGAGCCUGCUCCCAGGUGGCGAUGCGUUGCGGCGUUUCCGCCGAUAAGGUGAAGAACGUGAUCAUCUGGGGAAACCACUCGUCCACUCAGUACCCCGACGUGCACCACACCAAGGUCACCGUGAGCGGCAGCGAGGUCGCCGCCUACGACUGCAUCAAGGACGACGCCUGGCUGAGAGGAGAGUUCAUCUCUACCGUGCAGCUGCGCGGUGCCGCCGUCAUCAAGGCCAGGAAGCUGUCCAGCGCCAUGUCUGCCGCCAAGGCCAUCUGUGACCAUAUAAGGGACAUCUGGUUCGGCACCAAGGAGGGUGAGUUCAUCUCUAUGGGCAUCUACGCUGGCGCAAACACCUACGGCAUCCCAGAGGACCUCAUCUACUCUUUCCCUGUCCAGAUCAAGAACAAGACCUGGAAGGUGGUUGACGGACUCUCCAUCAACGACUUCUCCCGGGCCAAGAUGGACGCCACAGCGGCCGAGCUGGUGGAGGAGCGCGACACCGCCAUGGACUUCCUGUCUAAUUGACUGGUGCCCCCUGGUGGCCAACAGCAGCACUUAGAUCCCCUAAAGGCCGGCUGCUCACGGCUGUGAAGACAAAACCCUCCACUGUCAUACCCGUCCCAACUGGUGUCUGUGUGUUACCUCCAUGAGUGAAUGUGUGUGUGUGUGUGUGGUUGUGUGAGUGUGUGUGUGUGUGUUUCACCAGGCCACCUCUUCAGGUUUAUUAAAAGCCUGUUUAAUGGUCACAAUCUGGCCUCCUCUGUCUGUAAGACACUGAGAGAGAAUGUCUGUGUUGGUAGAUAAAAACACACACUAGCUGUCCAGAAACUGUAACGGAACAAGUCUCACCAAUAAAACCACAAAGGAACCUGACAGACCAACAA